CAUUAAUAUCAUGUCUUCUGCUACAGUAGCUUGUUAUGGAUACAAUCUCGGGAGAGUUAUAUUCAUUUCUAAGGAAAAUCAAAGUGGAUACAGUCUGCAUUAUUUUGAUACACAGCAAACUGCGGUGUAUUCUAGCCUGCUGUCAAAUAUUAAGGGAUACCCAGAGAAUGCAGUAUUUAACGGUGUUUGCGCAUAUGAUCAUACAAGCUCCUCUAUACUGUUAGUAUUUGAAAGCUCAAACAGCUCAAUAGGACAAUCAGAUAGUAAUGCCGCCCAAAGAGCAGUAAGCUCAGCCUUUUUUCGAUUGGGACUCAAUAGUAUGACACCAGUAAUUAUAAGCGAAACAGAUUACCUACCAGACACACAGAUUAUUUCAGCCGUAAACAUGGGCAGUGCCAAUACCACAUACAUAGCCUUUCUGUCCAAUGGCCUUCAUGGUGCUGAUGACAUUUCACUUAAUACGCUUUUGUUAGGCACGCCAGAUAUGAUGGUCAACAAAUUAAUGUCUGUAAACCAGACAGGUAUACUUGCUGCAGACGUAGAGUCGCAGAGUGUGUACCUUUUGCAGAAUGGCCUUGUAUCAGAAUAUCGAUUGAAAAGUCUAGAUUACAGCACAUUUAGAGCUUUCAGCAGCGUCUCAUCUGUUGUUGCGAUAAACACUGUGUCGAGUACAAGUGUAGUAUCAUCAAGUGACAAUCAGACGAAAUAUAUCACCUAUUACGAUAAGCAGAGCAAUCAAGUGAAUAUCUAUAUUCAUAAUCCUUCGUUGACUCAGUAUACCCCUUUAUACAAUAACCUAGCAAGUACCUUUUCCCUCACACAAACAUCAACGGUAUCUUCCAGCACAGUUAAGAGCGCGAAUACUGCCACUCCAACCAAGCAUUCGAGCCCAUCUUUACACAGACAGCAAUUCGCAAAGACCACACAACCUGCUUCUAACGAUACGGCUCAUUGGACAGAUAACGCAGUAAAACGAGACAUACCAAUGGACUGGGCGAUUCAACGGAUUCCAAUAACUAUCUCAGGACAGGAGAACUGCUCCCUCGGACAGUGUAUUCUUUCGGUAGUAGCCGUGCCUGGCACUGAUCAACAACUUCCUAUCAAUUUGAUUUCUAUAAUAGACAAAGGUUCUGACGGUAUUGGCGUCUACAACAAUUCUGAAGCCUUCACACAGCCUCCUGCUCCUACAAACACAGAGGUAGCAGGAGUUCCGCAUUCAGGAAAAAAUGUGCCAGGUGGUGUCAUAGCAGGUAUUGUCGUUGGUGUUGUCGCUUUUGUUUUCAUUGGAAUAGGAAUAUUUUUAUACCUCAGAGCGAAAAAGUUGAGACGCUUUGGUUCAUUCACUUCUCGCAGCCACCAGAUCGAAAAGAAGCUUGAGGAAGAACCUGUGUUUAUAGGGGAGGACUUGAUGCAGACUGCUGCCGCUAAUACGCGUAUGACGAUGCAGUACAAUAAAUUUAGCAGUGACUCUGUUACAAUGAUUGCCACCACUGAUACGAUGACUACGACUGCUACUGCUGCUAUUGCUGCUGCUGCAAUGUCUUCUUCCACUUCUGUUCUUGAAUCUCAUGGCUUUAAUGAUGGUCGUCCCGAUAUACGUCCUGUGUCUUAUGUCGAAGACGUGGUUGAUUUUGCUCAUCUCUCGGAAGAAGAAAUGCUUGAAUUGGAGCCUGAACGAGAUGGACCCAUGAUGCUUUUUAACGGCGCUUAUAAGUCGCUCCCAGAGGAACAGGUUAUUUAUUAUGGACAAGAAGGAUAUGCUACAAGAACGUUUAUGACAGAUGACGGAAGAUAUUGUACGGUUCAUUACUUUGGCUCCACUCGUCUAGAUACGUUCAUACGGUCGGUAUACGCCGUAUCCUCAAUGGAAGACUGUCCAUUUAUUAUGAAGAGUAAACGUGCUGUUGUGCUGAAUUCACCAACGCCAAGAUAUGGAUAUCAGUUUCUGUGGAUUACUUCUCCUAUCAUACCUUCACUCUCACUUCACCAUUUGAUGUUUGAAAAUGUGUGGUCGCCUGUGGACCAUCAAGACGGUGAUAAGAGAGUAUCGACCACUUUUGCAUUACUUUGCGCUGUUAAUGCAGUUCACACACACAAGUUUGUACAUCUAGCGAUCGAUCCUACGACAUUUUACUAUGAAUCCUCGGUCUCUGACUGGACCUUGGGCAACUUUGCUUAUGUUCAAAAGCAGGAAUCGUUGAUCACCAAGCAUGGACUGCCCAAACAGCCUACUGUAUUUACGCCACCCGAAUUCUUAUCGGAUAAGAGUUUUCUUUAUAAGCCCGUACCAGAGGCUGAUACUUGGUCCCUUGGCUGCGUUAUCUAUACAGUUGCAACCAACGGUCUAUUGCUUUUUGACAGCGUUUCAGAUAUUCAGAACCUGAUGGCGACAGAUGGUCCUAUUUUGCAAACCUAUAUUGACAAGUCCAUUGAAGAGAAUAUUAGUAACCAAGACUUUCGUGUACUUUUAAAUGGAAUGCUGCAGGUAUCUCCGAAAUCUCGAAAAUCUAUUCAAUUUGCCUUGGAUUAUUGGCGUGGCAAGUACAGCUUGGAAUAAUAACUUGUUCAUAUAUUGUAUAGUUUUAAUAAACUUUUGAAUCUUUAUAUUACAGUAGCCUAUUUUCUACAAAUGAUAAAAGUCUAUCACAAGAUCGCUACAGUUGCACAUAAAUCCUCACUGUAUCUCGUAGCAUAAAAAUGACAGGUACAAUUUGUCCCGAGCUUUUUGUAUUUUCUUUAUAAAGUAAGAGGAUUACAAAUCAUUCACACUGAUCCUCGUCCUCCCUCACACGCACUGAUGGAGAACAAAUGUUUAUUUAUGGAUUUACUUGCUUUUUUUUUUUUCGAGGAUCAAUCUAAUAAUUUUCGAUCACACAUUUCAAACCAAAAUGAG